AUGCCUUGUCCAGUUAUAUCGCUCAAACCGAGUUAUAAUUCAAUAACUAGAGGUUGUCCUGGAAUUUAUGAGACGCUUCCUCGUAUUGAAUGUGAGCUUCGAAUCCGGUCUAAUGAUGGGAGACCAAUUUUUAUUGAAAGAAUAGAAGUUAUGUUGAAAACGACUGAAGUCUUGAAUAGUACCGGGCCCUCUUUUACUUCUAAGCCUAAGUUGGAGAAAGAGACAAUCCAUUAUAAGAAGAAUAUUAAACUUUCUCACAAAAAAAUUAUUGGUAUUGACAUACCGCUGACGAUAGGUUUGCCUGAUGAUAUCAAGGAAACAAAUUACAAUAAGUUUGGUUACACCUUCACCUGCAUUACCUGUGUUGUGCUAUAUCGCUGCAGUCCAUAUAAAAGUUCGGGGAGUGAUUCAGCUCCUCUUUCUGAAUCCUUUAAGUCUAUGGUCCAUGUUGAGCGGUAUAAUUUACUUGCGUCUUCGGAACUCUCUCCACCUUUGAAAAGAACUGUCACUUCUGCAGACAAAAAAUUCCAAGUUAGCUAUAGUAUCAAGAAUCCAUGCCUUGCGACAGAAGAUGUGCUGGAAGUGGAAGUCGAGUUGUUUCCCAACCUGGUUCACAGCCAUCGGGAGUCGUAUUCUCAAAAAAUCUUCAACAAAAAGGUAAAACUUAAAAGUAUCGUGCUUGAAUUCAAAGAAUUUUUAGAAGUGUACGAGUCUCACAUGGAUGGUAGAGACCACACUCUUCAAACUGAUUAUACUCCAUACAAUACUAUUAUCGGGGAAUCUGGUGUAAAUCUGAAGACCCAGUUGGAUAUCAGCACAAAAAAUUCCUUAUUCAAGGAGUUUGAGAAAUCAAUGAAUGAGCCCACUGUAAUGUAUCAAGUGCCUCAUCAUGAACAAAAUCUAGAGUCACCUAUUCCAGAAACGGUUAUCAUAAAGAGCAAAAAUAAAAACCUCCGGGAAUUCCAAUACCACCGUUCCAUCUCGAGUAGAGGCAAAUUGUUUUCGGUAACCCAUGGUUUAGUCAUCAAAUUUAAAAUCAGCCAUGGUAAAGAUUUUGAGGUAUACCAACCGUUGGAUAUCACAGCUUGGCCAAAAUCUUCAACUGCUCUAAUAGAACAGUUUAUAGCAAAUGAACGAGAAGUCGCUAAUCGUGCUAAGAGUUUUUACGAUGCUUUUGGUGGUAUAAGGAGGAAUAAAGUCACAGGGAUUGUAGAAUAUCCUCCUUUACCACCUGUUGUUUACGCAGCCGACAUAGAAACUAUGGAGCAUCUUGGAGUUAUAUAUACUAAGGAUUUAAAAUACUUACAAAGGAUCCCUAUAAUUGAGUAA